AUGGGUAGACUAAGGAGAUCAAGAACCCAUCACGCCCGACGAGACGUCCAUCGACUCGCCCGUACUCGAGUCAGAGUCAAGGAUUUAGACCAGAUUGAGAUCGAUCUCAGACCGGGGAACAGAGCAAAGUUGGAAAGACAGGAAAUUGAUGAGGAUAAACCUGGAUUGGGACAACAUUAUUGCGUCGAAUGCGCCAAGUACUAUGAAACUGAUUUAGCUUUGAGGAAUCAUACGAAAUCUAAAGUUCACAAACGUCGUUUGAAGGAGCUUCGAGACCCCGCUUACACACUCACCGAAGCCGAAAAAGCUGCUGGACUAGGGCAAGACAAUAGACAAAGAGGUGUUGAAGAGGUAGUCAAGAGAUUCGAAGGAAUGAACAAUGAGUCAAACUUAACUGGUCAGGAGGGACAGAAGGAGGUCCCAGCUGCUUAG